GUACGUGGUACUGACCACAAAGCAUCACGAAGGCUUCACCAACUGGGGCUCGCCCGUGUCCUGGAACUGGAAUUCUCUGGAUACGGGGCCCCGCCGAGAUCUGGUAGGAGAGCUGGGACAAGCCCUCAGGGAGAGCAACAUACGCUACGGACUGUAUCACUCUCUGUUAGAGUGGUUUAAUCCGCUCUAUCUGGAUGACAAAGAAAAUGGCUUCAAGACCCAGAACUUCGUUUUAAAGAAGACCAUGCCAGAACUUUAUGAUCUUGUCUUAAAAUAUAAACCAGAUUUGAUUUGGUCGGAUGGAGACUGGGAAGCUCCGGACUCAUACUGGAAUUCUACCUCUUUCCUUGCCUGGCUUUAUAACGAUAGUCCCGUCAAGGACACUGUUGUUGUUAAUGAUCGUUGGUGUAAUAACUGCUCUUGCCAUCAUGGGGGCUACUACAACUGUGCUGACAAAUACAAGCCAGGGACCCUGCCAGCUCACAAGUGGGAGAUGUGCUCCUCCAUUGACAGGCUCUCCUGGGGCUAUCGAAGCAACAUGACCAUUGCUGAGCUAAUGGAUGAAGCGAGUAUCAUUGAGGAGCUGGUGCAGACUGUGAGUUUUGGAGGCAACUACCUUCUCAAUGUGGGACCUACAAAAGAAGGGGUGAUUGUUCCCAUCUUCCAAGAAAGACUUCUGGCCCUUGGGAGGUGGCUCAGCACUAACGGGGAGGCAAUUUAUGAAUCGAAUCCGUGGAGAGUGCAGAUGGAGAACAGCACAACCACGGUCUGGUACACGUCUAAAGGACCUGUUGUCUAUGCCAUCUUUCUGAUCUGGCCUCAGGACAGCGUUUUGGAGUUGUCCUCGCCCAGUCCAUCCCCAGGCAUGCAAGUGUCCAUGCUGGGUUUUGCAGGGACUCUGAAGUGGGAGAAGCUCCCAGGUAAAGGACUGCUCGUAACUUUGCCCGACAUGCUCCCAUCCCCUCUCCCUCCUCAGUCUGGCUGGACGGUCAAGCUUGAGGGUGUGAAGUGA